AUGGGCCGGGGAAUGCUGGUCGCUCUGGGCCUGGCCCUGCUGAUUCUGGCGCUGCUCCUUCCUACGCAGGUUUAUUCACAGGAAACGACCUCAGCGACCACCACCACGGCUUCGGGUGCCAUCGCUCUGCAGUCUACAGUAAGCGUCCUUGUGAUCUCGCUCUCCCUUCUUCUCCAUCUCUUCUUUUAACAGACCUAGGCCCCGAACCAUCUUCACUUCUCCAGUCCAUCUUCUAAAACCCAACCCAAAUGGCUUCUAGAGGUCUGGCAUGGCGAGGAAAAACAAAACACGUCUUCGUCACAUCUGCUGAUUCCACUCCUUGUUUGAUUG